GACUUAACAAUUACUCAACCACUUACGCUUCUGUUUAUGAAAAAAAAAAAAAAAUUUCGAUUGUUCGCACUCUUAUCCACGUGAUGCAUUGAAUAUCUGACGUCGAUAUAUAAAUUCGCUUAGACUAUUGUACUAUUGCAAAAAGAGUGUGACUUCCUGUUGAUGAACUAGAAUACGAAAACGUUGAUACAAAGUUCAUAUCUCUUUUAUUUAUUACACUAAUCAAAGUCUUUAUGAAUACUUGAAUUACUUUCGAUUUAAACUUUUAAAAAAAAAUAUCGAGUAAAGAUGCCACCGAAUUGCAAUGAUACCAAACAUCUUGAACGAUGGAAUUCUUAUUAUCAAUCAAAACAAUAUGCUCAAGAUUUAGAAGAUGAGUACGAUAACUCCAAAAAUUAUCAUGAACUUUCGAAUAAAAUUAUUUGGCCAAAAUUAUUACUCAUGAUAGUUUUUAAUGUUGUGAGUAUUUAUACAGCAAUCACAUUUCCAUAUAGUGAACAAAUCUUUUUGCUGCUAUGGGCGUAUGUAAUAGCCUAUUUAUCAAUAUUGGGAGUGACAGCCGGAGCUCAUCGUCUUUGGGCACAUCGUACUUAUGAAGCUGAUACAAGUCUUCGAAUUUUUCUCGCCAUUUGUUAUUAUCUAAGUGGAUUUCAAAAAAUAUUCACCUGGGUUAGGAACCAUAGAGCUCAUCAUCAAUAUCUACAAUGCGAAGGAGAUCCUUAUAAUAAUCGACGUGGUUUUUGGUUUAGUCAUGUUGGGUGGUUAGUUAUGAAGGAAAACCCUGAAACUCAAAAACUUAAAGCUAAAGUUGACAUGCGUGACGUUGGAGAUGAUACUGUCAUUCAAUUUUUUGAUGGGAAUUUUUAUCUUAACACCAUUUUAUUUUCUAUCAUUUUACCAAUUUUCAUUCCUGUAUAUUUUUUCAAUCAAGAUCUUGAAUGGGCAAUAGUAUCUCAAUUAUUUAUUAGAUAUCCAUUUGUACUUCAUUCUAUUUGGUCCAUCAAUAGCCUUGCAUCAACUAUUGGAACAUAUAGUUACAAUAGGAAUAUUUUGCCAGCAGAUAAUAAAUUAGUUAGUUUUCUGACAUUGGGGGAAGGCUGGCAAAACUUUCAUCAUGUAUUUCCAUCAGAUUAUAGAUCAACGGAUAUAAAUGGACACUUCAAUCCUACAGCAAGCUGGAUUAAUUUAUUUGCUUUUGUAGGACUAGCUCAUAAUUUAUAUACUGUACCACAUGAUCAAGUACGAAAAGAAGUAGAAUAUCUUGGAAAUGGCUCUCAUCCAACUAUUAAAACUCUCCACUAUAAUCGUAAAAGCCAGUCAUUUUUUAAAGUAACUUCUUCUAAAUGAAAAUUAGAAAUUGUUACUUGUUUUACAAACUAGCGAAUAAAUUAUUGUAUAUUUAACUGAAACAAAAAGGUUUGAAAUAUUUUAUAGGUCUUUAAUGAUGGGAAUCAGCUUUUUCUUUUUUCUUUUAUAUUCGUAUAUCUUAGCAUGUGGGUCUUUUGAGUACAAUUUAUAGUCGGCAUCAUGCCCUUUAUUUUAUAUUACUGUGCUUUACUUUAUUUUGACUUUUUGAUUACUUUGUAUAUGAAGCUUUCUUAUUUUGUUAUAUUACGGACUUUUGUUUUUUUAUUGUUAUUUUUAUAUAAACAUGCCAUGCCCUACUCUGUACACACCUUGUUUUUUAGGUUUUUUUUUCAUAUAUAAUGCCAUUAUGGUCUUACACGAUUCUAACAAUAGCUCUGUACUGUUGGGUCUAUUUGAUUAAUAAAUAAAUGAAUAAGUAAAUAUAUAA